AUGUGUGUAGAAAUCAAGAAAGUCGAAUCGUCCAAUAAGAAAAAGAUGUCCUACAGCAUCAAGAAGUUGUUGAAACAAAUUGUCAAACAUUACAAAAUGCAGAAAUUUUCACAAUCGCAAGUGGAGCAGCAGAACACCAAGAGGAGAGCAGAAUCUUUGGAAUCAGUCGAGUCUUUGGAUAACAAUAAUAAUGCCAAUAUUGAAAUCGAUUGCAAAUCCUCCAUGGAAUCGCUGCAAAAUAAUCAAAAUGAACGUAUCUCAUUUGAAAAUGAACAGUCCGCUGAACCUAUCAUCUCCUAUGAAUCUGAGCAAUCAUCAUCACUUCCCGAUGCUGGUGCCUAUGAAUUCAGUGAUAUCAGUAUUGGUGUCUUGCCCGUACAUUUCAUCACCACCGAUGAGGGUAUCUUCUUUUGGACUGCCUCCUCGGAUAUACCAGCCGAUAAUGAUUUGGAAGAAGCUUUAAAUUGUCAUUCGGAAAAUCAACUAGCCUGCAUGCAGCAACAAGAUCGUUGGGCCCAAGCUUGA